AAUGUCGGUGGAUGGUAGAGUUUCAGUUCCCGCCAUUAUAUUUUUCCCUUGCCAUAGCGGGCAGAUAUGAGUUUCCUGCAAUAUUUAGUGAUUAGAUUAAUGCUUACAUCAGAACUCGUGUGAAGAUAUAUUGGCCAGAAAAAAUAAAUCAUCUUUUCUAUGCUCACGCUAGCGAAAUUUUUCAAUGGCAGAACUUGGUCGAAUGGAUGAAGACAUAAAGUUUCAAAUUCACUGUAUGGAGAAAGAGGCAUACUGUUAUGUUUUGAGGGCUUUCAUUGCCCAAUCUGAUCUCCUUUCAUGGGGUAAGGAGGGGCUUAUUACUGAAUUGAGAAAGGAACUUAAUGUUACCGAUACGGAACAUGGAGAACUUCUUAUGCAAAUCAACUCUGACAAGCCAAUUAAAAUGAUAAGGGAAUGGCGGGAAGGUGCUCACCAUGCCCAAGAACCACUUUAUGGAAAAGUGGAUGCUUCCAGCUUUCUUCCAGGCUUUGCUCCUGAUUCAGUUGGCAAUACAGUCCCAAAAAGAGUGAAAAAUUCUCAUUCUUCAGUCUCAAAAUCUCAGAAAUAUGUUCCAUAUAGUCUACCUUCUCCAGGAACACAAUCCUGGAAAUAUGUGUCACACAUUCAACCUUCUUCUGUAACUCUUCCUUCUCCAUUGCUGGUGCAAUUCAGGGAUGAUCAACCUAACCAUGAAUCAGUUGUGAUCUCCUCUGGGAAUCCUGAGCAGUCUAUGAAGAUAGUUAAUCAUAAUAAUCAGGCACCAUCUGACGGCAAACGAAAAGUACUGGGGAAAUUUCAAUCAAAGAAAGUUAUUCAUGCACCUGAUGUUAAGAAAAGAUCCGAUGUAAUUGAGAUACGUGCAACAGAUAAGCUUAUUCACAAGGCAAAUUGGAGCAGCAUAAUGGGUAAAGUAGAAGUUCACAACUCAAGAGUCUGAUGUUUUGUGGAUUCUAUUCUGUUUCUAGCUCAAUUCACCCUUUGUAGCUUUUCUACAAUCAAUUAACUCUCAUCUUACAUACUGUGCCAAAAAUGUUGUUCUAUUAUAGAUGAGAGAUUGCUUUGUUCACCUCCAUCUGUC